AUGAAGAGGAUGUUGAAAGUUGGCGGAACCAAUUGUGUGAUCAGCAGAGAAAGAUGUAAAGCUACAUUUAAUAUUGAAAAAUUGACAUAUUUUUUGGAAAGUGAUCAAGAGAAAACGGAACGACGUCGAGAAUUGGAGAAGAAAUUUUAUGAAGAUGAAUUUCCAAAUGAUUUAAUUAAAGUACCUGUUGAUUAUUUAAGUCACUCUGAGAUAUAUACGGAAGCUUUAAUAAAAGCAGCUCGGAUAUAUUUUGAAGCAUUUAAUUUGGAGGAUCCUCGUGAAGUAUUAGGAAUAGCUGAUGCUUAUCAUUAUGAAGCUUCACCAUUACUUUUACAUUUUGCUAUGUUUAUACCAGCUUUAAUGGGACAUUGUAAUGAUGAGCAACAAGCACGAUGGCUUCCUGAUGCAAUUGAAUUGAAAAUAAUUGGAACUUAUGCUCAAACUGAAUUGGGACAUGGAAGUUACCUUAAAGGAUUACAAACGGAAGCAAUUUAUAAUGAUAAAGAGAAAACAUUUACACUUAAUUCACCAACAUUGGAAUCAAUAAAAUGGUGGCCUGGAGGAUUAGGUAAAACAGCAAAUCAUGCUAUUGUACAAGCUCAAUUGUUUGUUGAUGGUGUUCAUCGAGGUCUUCAUCCUUUUAUGGUACAAAUCCGUGAUUUGGAAACACAUAAACCUUUACCUGGAAUUGAAGUUGGUGAACUUGGACCAAAACUUGGUUUUAAAGCAGCCGAUAAUGGUUAUCUUAAAUUGUCAUCAGUUGUUAUUCCAAAGAGUAAUAUGUUAAUGAAGAAUGCCUAUAUUGAUGAUAAUGGACGUUAUCAAGCUAAAAAAGCAACAGAUAAAUUAAACCUUGGAACCAUGUUAUUUGUUCGAGUUCUUAUAAUUGACAUGAUGUCAUUUAAUAUUUCUAAAGCAGUGACCAUUGCUACACGAUAUUCAGCUGUUCGUAAACAAGGUAUUAAUCCUGAUUCGAAAAAUGGUGUGACAAGUGAAUUGAAAAUAAUUGAUUAUGCUGCUCAAAGGUACAAAUUGAUUCCUUGUAUUGCUUUAUCUCAUGCAUGUAAAGCAGUUUUCAUAUCUUUGAUGUCAGCCUUCAAGGAUGUCAAUGAAAGUAUGUCUAAAAGAUCAGAUUAUCGUUCAAUCCCUUUACUUCAUGCAAUGUCUUCUGGUUUGAAAGCAUUAACAACAGACCUUGGUGCAUCGGCUGUAGAGAUAUGUCGUCGAGCUUGUGGCGGUAAUGGAUUUCUAUUGGCUUCUGGAUUACCUCGUAUAUUUGGUAAUACGGUUGCUGCUUGUACCUAUGAAGGUGAAAAUACGAUACUUUACUUACAAACAGCUCGUUAUUUAUACAAAACUGUUCGUUUGGUAUCAAAUCAUGGAUCAUCUUCAAUGGAGUCUAACACUAAAGUCACUUUAAAUUUAAAAGAAAGGUCUAACAAUAAUAAUAGUAAUGAUUAUAAUAGUAAUGGUAAUUAUAAUAGUAGCAACAGUAGUAAUAAUAAUUAUGAUGAUUAUAAUAAUAGAGAAACAUCUCAGUCUAUUGGAUAUCUUUAUCGUGUUACUAGACCUGAUAUUGGUAAUUUAGGGAAACGUGAAGGAAAAAUAGUUAGUGAUGUUGAUGGACUUUUACGAUUAUUUUCUGCAUCAGCAUAUUAUCAUUGUCAUUUUGCUUUUGAUCAAGUUGAUUGUAGGAUGAGAGUACAAGGACAAUCUUUUGAGAAAGCUUGGAUUGAAUGUCAAGUUGAUUUAAUUAAAGCAGCAAAAAGUCAUUUAAUAUAUUAUAUGAUGAUAAAAUAUUGGGAAUGGGUUUCAUCUGGAGAAAAGUAUGAUUUAAAUAUAUCUCAAGUAUUGAAAAGAUUGGCAUAUUUUUAUUUUGGUUACAUUAUUAAUGAAAAUAAAGGCGAUUUCCUUGCUGUUGGUUUAGAUUUAACAUCAAUUGAACAAAUACAAGAUGAAUUAUCAACAUUAAUGGUAGAACUACGAAAUGAUAUGAUUCCUUUGGUUGAUGCAUUUGAUUUACAUGAUAUGGUUCUCAUGUCAGCUAUUGGUUGUAAAGAUGGCAAUGUUUAUGAUCGUCUUUUUAAUUUGGCAAAGAAAGCUCCUCUUAAUCAAGUUGAUCCAAAUCCAUCAUUUAUCAAGUAUAUCAAGGAUUUAACUACUAGUAAAUCAAAGCUUUAAAAUAUGCUUAUAAUCACAAAUAUAUAAUAAACCGUCCUCAAAUUCAAGCUCGCAUAAAAUAUGGAUCUUCAUGGAUGGAUACUUUGGAAGAAAUGCAAAUCAAAAUUAUUAAACUAAAAACAUAAUUUAUUUUGAGAUCAAACCAUCAAUCUAAUGUGAUUAGACCCAACCAAUUUAACUAUUGAUUACAAAAAUGAAUGAAAUUAUAACAAUCAUCUACGUCCGAAAUGUUGUCCAAGGAUAAUCAAGUUUUCACCACCUUUUUUACCACCACCACCUUGAAUUAAACCUCCACCCCAUCCACCAAGGAUAAUAAGAUCUUCACCUCCUUUGCUUUUAGCUGACACCAAAACACAUCCAAUGAUAACGAUUAAGGCAAACAAAAUAACUUUUGAUGAAUUAUUGAAAAUCAUGAUUGAUUUAAAAAUGAUAAACACAGUCACAAAUUUUAAAGGAAUCAAAUUGAAGCUUUGAAUACUAAAAACUGAAUUGUCAAUAAACAAUCGAUGUUGUGAUCUUUUAUACCUUCUCUUGAUAAUGAAAGUUUAUUAACUAACAACUCACAUUAAAAGGAGCUGAUAAUUAA